UUUUUUUUCUUCAUGCAAAACAUGUGGUUAAAAAUGAGAGCAGAAAAUGUUAUGAAGCCGAUGGAGCCAGUUCCCUGUGGUAUCAGUUUUACUGAUAAAAGUGGUAAAAUGAUACCAGAGUGAAAUCAUAUUAAAGUGUGUGAGUGUGUGUGAUAUCAAGAAAGAAAAAACAAGAGAGAAACGCAAACCAAUGAAAAUCCUAAGAGUUUGACGCAUUUUUCUUACUCAUUUCUUGACGUCUUUUUAGUUCUGAUACGGCAACUCAACACACGUCGCCAAAGUUGUGUUCGUGAACGAAAUUUACCUUUUAGUCAAACAUUUUGCGUGCCAUCGUGUGUUUUAAUCGGAGCCUCACAUUUUUAAUGCUACACACAUUAAUGUGAUUCAGUCGCUUUCCGAACCCUGAGUGAACCAGUUGUAAAGUUGCAAACCAGUCUGGUUGAUUUUUCUUAUCUUCUUUUCGUUUUUGAUCUGGAAAAUUUCCCCAACAUGAUCACCGAUUCAUAAUUUUUUCUCAAAGAAAAAUUUUAUAUUUUCCAGUGAUACACUUUUCCUCAGUCACCUUAAGCGUAGUUUAACGUGAAAUAUUGUUAAAUCAUAGAAAGUAUAAAAAAUACAUUUGUUACUAAGAAUAGCUUUUUUUUCUCUCAAAGUGGUUUUUUUGAAUUGCCAAAAGCACAGUGUGAAGCUUUUAAAAUUCAAUCAGAGUGAUUUGAAACUUUCAAGAGUGUUUUGUUGAAAGAAAAGAAGAGCAAUAAAAAUCAACAGAUAUUUUUUUAAAGAAACUUUAGUGGUUUAAUAUUUUUAAUUCUUUCGGUGAUAAUUUAAUAAGAAAAUUAGAAUCAUGGCUAAUUCAAAGGACAAGAGUGGUAUGAGUCAAGUGACUUAUGAGUUUCCCUACAUGAAACCACAAGACAAAUUCUCUCUGGGUAAAUUUCUUUACAACAGUGAAAAUGGGACCAUUAUGUCACGAACACCAAAGGAUUGGGGAAAACUUCUUAUCUUCUAUGCCAUCUUCUACACAGUAUUAGCUGCUUUGUUUGCCAUUUGCCUACAAGGUCUUUUCUAUACAAUUACUAAGGAAUACCCAAAGUGGCAAAUGGAAAGAUCACUCAUCGGUACCAAUCCCGGUGUUGGUUUUCGUCCCAUUUCCGAAGAUACAGCUCAAGGAUCUCUAAUUUGGUUUAAAGCAUCUGACCCAGAUAGCAUUCGUCCAUGGACUAAACUGCUUGAUGAUUACUUAGCUCCCUACCAGAAUAAAUCUUUGCUCCCCGGCGGAGGAAAGAACCAAGAAAUGUGCGAUUUUGACUCUCCACCAAAGCCAGGACGCGUAUGUGCUGUGGAAGUAUCAAAAUGGGAACACUGCAACGCCGAAAAUGAUUAUGGAUAUUCAAAAUCAUCCCCGUGCAUUUUUGUGAAACUCAAUCGAAUUUUUAAUUGGGUUCCUGAUUUUUAUGAUGACGUUAACGAUUUACCAGAUGAUAUGCCUGAAGAAUUGAAGAGUCACAUUGCACAGCUGGAUGCGAGCAAGCGGAAGCAAGUAUGGAUCUCUUGCCGCGGAGAACAUCCGUCCGACCGCGAGGCAAUUGGGCCAAUUAAGUACAUCCCCUCACAUGGUAUGGCUUCAUAUUACUAUCCUUUCACCAACAUUCCUGGAUACUUGAGUCCAAUAAUUGCAGUACAUCUGGAAAGACCUGCACUCAAUCGCUUGAUCAAUAUUGAAUGUCGCGCAUGGGCCAAGAAUAUUCAGUAUCAAGGUGGACGAGAUCGUUCUGGAUCUGUGCAUCUAGAGUUAAUGAUAGAUUAAUAUACCAGAGAGAGGGGAUUCAAUGUUCAUUUUAGGAUCAAACAAAAAAAAACCUUGACAUUUAAUACCUUCUAAAUUGCUCUCACAUCAUCCUAAAUGGAAGGAAUUUUUUUUGUGAAACUAAAAAAUAAAAAUUGGAUAGAAAUUAAAUUGAGACAAUGUAGAAUGGGAGGUUAUUAAAUGAUAGAUAAAUCACUGUUAAAUAAAACAAAAAGAAAAUUAAUUUAAAAUGAAUUAUCAUAAUAUUUCUCGUCUUCUUCCAUCGAAUCACUGACUUUUUAAAAAUUUAGUGAUUUUAUUCUUCCUUAUUAAUGUUUGAUCCUAUUUUUUUAAUAUUGUACAGAGAUGAGAAAAAUGUCUAAUGGAAAACUUGUAAAGAACAGCUUUUGUGUAGAUAUACUAUAUGGCUGUAAAAAAUUUUUAUGUUGUAAUAAGUUAUGCAAUAUUAUUUAUGAGAAUAUGAAAUGUAUCACACUAGAUGAAAAAUCGAACAUUUUGCUUUAUAUAAUUCAAGUGAAAUUGAAUAAAAAAUUAAUUCUAUUCUAUUGGUAUAAAUUUUAAAGUGCUUAAAUAAAUAAAUACUUAGAAUAAAAAAGACA